AUGAAUAAUCACACAAUUUAUUUCUGGUCUAUCUUAACAUUGAUACUUAACCUUAAUUUGAUUAAAAAUACUAUAGCUUGCCCAUUUCAUACUUAUUAAUAGGCAAUAAUAAAUACAGGUAGCUAAACAUGGAUGUAAACUUUAGAGAAUGAUGAUACAUCAAAUGGAGGUGUAUUUACAUUUGGAUUUUGGACAUUUAAUAUACCAUUACUAAUUUAAACUGAUAAUCUAAAUAUUGGUGAAGAAUUUAAAAUUAAUGAACCAUAAACAGGAGAACUUCUUUUUUUAUUAAAAAAUACUGAAACUAAUGGCAACUUAAUAGUUUGUUAUAAGUCUUUUGAUUAUGUAUAAUAAAAAGUGUAGCACAUUUUUCUCUUAAAAAAUGGGGUUGGUAAUUUUCAAUUCACAUUUGAUUUCAAUUCAUUACAGUAUGAAGGAAUCUGGAUUUUUCACUUAGUUGUAUUUGAGAAUUCAAAAAAAAAAUGAUUGUGAAAGUAAAUUAAUAGGAUGCACAAUCAGCAUAAUUUAGUUUUUAAAAUCAAUUAAAUUUAGAAAUAAUAAUUGGAGGAAAAGGAUAUGUAAUUAUUUUUUAAAAUAUAGAUCUCAAAUAUAAACCUUAACUAUUUUAAAGGACUUUAAAGUAAAUUAAUAUUCAAAACUUCAAUUGACUAUUCAGAAAAUAUUUCUUAAGAUUUAAUGAAUGAAUGCUAAAUUCCUUAAAGAACAAGCCUUGAAUAAACCAUUUAAAUUGUACAAGGAUUAAAGUUAUUUGAAGGAAACCAAAUUCUAUAGAUGUUAGUAGAUUAAUAUGGAAAUAAAUACUGUAUAUAAGGACGGGUUAAAUAUAUACUGAUCAAAAAUACACAUUAUUAAAAUUAAAGGGGAUUUCUAAUUUUGAAUAAGAGAAAACUCUAGGAGACGAAUUAUUAAAAGUUGAAGUAUUUAUCUCUUCUGAUACUCCAAAGGAAACAUAAAUAAUUGUAAAUGCUGAUGCAUAUGGUAUGCCAGUUUAAUAAUCAUUUCAAUCCCAAUAUGAUUUAUUUUUUUAAGGAUCACAAAAUCCUGACUAUAAUGUAUUACAAACAAAAAAAUAUUAUUAAGACCUCAACACUUAACUUUAUUAUGAAGGAUUAUAAUAAUGGCAUUUUAUUUAGUAUGAAUAUGGAAGAAGCAAUUUUGAUGAAAGAAUGUGAUUGA